AUUCACUCUCCAGCCACACGGGAAAGAUUGUUGAAACAUGGCUGCCUUGACUACCGUAGUGGUGGCCGCUACUGCAGAAGCCGGAACUCGGACCUUGGCCACAGCACUUUCAACAGCUGGACUAUCACAGAAUGACAGCUAUUCAAAUACCCAAGAAGGAGUUCGAUCUUUUCAGUUACAGAACUGGAAGCAGAAAGCUGAUCAGGCCAAGAAAAUCGAAUUCAUACGUACAGCAGAAAAAUUAAAAAAUCAAGUUGCUAAUAUAGAAAAAGAUAAAAAUGGUCAUCUCUACAACAAAAAAAAUGAUUUCCGAAUUGAUUUUAUUGUGCUGGAAGAACUUGAACAUAAACUGGUUAACAACAGGAAAACAGAAAGAGCUCAAAUCCAGCAACACUUGGCAAAAAUACAUAACAAUGUAAAGAGGCUUCAGCAGCAGUUAAAAGACGUAAAAUCUACACCAGAAUUUGUUGAAAAACUGAGAGAAAUGAUGGAAGAAAUUGAAAAUGCAAUAAAUACUUUUAAAGAAAACCAGAGACAGAUAUAUGAAGAUCUUAUUAAAGAAGAGAAAAUAACUAGUAAUGAACUAAAUGCUUUGGAGAAAAAAAUAGAGACCUGGGCAUUGAAUAAUUCAAAAACAGAGAGAUCUUUCAAAGUACCAUCAAGCAGAUUUUCCUUGGACACAGUGAUGCUAAAUAAUCUUCCUGAAGAAGUAGUAGAAUUUGAAAAGUUCCUUCAGCAAGCAGGAGGACGACAAGGGGGAUGGGAUGAUUAUGAUCAUCAGUAUUUUCUAAAAGUGAGAAAUAAGCAUAAAGGGAAGCCCAGCUAUAUGAAAGAAGUUCUAGUGUAUCUUCCUGGAAGAACAGAAGAUGAGGUUCAGUUGCAUGAGAAAUGGUACCAAAAAUUUCUGUCUUUAGAAGAAAGGAAAAAAGAGUUUAUUCAGAAAUGGAAAGCAAAGAAACAACAAGAAAAGAAAGAAAUGUUGGAAGCAAAGUCAGAGGAAAUACUUAGGAGGAAUGAUCUUCAACAAGAAGAUUCCCCAAAACAAAAAGAAGAGCAAAGAAAGAAACAGAAAUUAGCAAUUGAAGCCUGGAAAAAGCAGAAAAUUGUGGAAUUAUCUAUGAAACAAACAUCUCAAUUAAAAGAAGAGGAGGAAAAAGAGAGAAAGCAACAGAAAGAACAUCAGCGCCAAUCUCACCUAAAAUUAUUGCUAGAAAAACAUACUCAGCAGAAGAAAGAGCAAGAAGAAUUGUUGAAACUUGAAAAAGAGAUGAAGGAGAAGACUGAAAGGGAAGAAAGAAAAAAAACAGCUCUAAAUGAAAUUACUAAGUUUCAAGAGAGAGACUUACAUAAACUUGAAUUAAAGAUUCUGGAGAGACAAGCAAAGAAAAAUGAAAAGAUAGAAAAAGAAAGAAGAUUGGCAAAAUUAAGAGAAAAGGUUGAAGUUAAUGUCAAUCGGGAUCCAUCCAGAUUAUACAAACUUACCAAAGGAUGGGAAGAACGUACAAAAGAGAGAGGUCCAACAGGUGCAGGGCCUCUUCUGAAUAUACCACAUAGGGCCAUUCCCACCUGGAGACAAGGAUUAUAGAAGAAAAUUGAGCAAAUUGAAAUUGCCAUCCAGCUAAUGUGAAUAUUGAUAUAAUCCUUUACACAGGAAAAUAAAUGAUUUAUAUAAAAAGCAA